AUGAGGGGUUUCCACCUUCAUCGUUUCCAUGAUGACGCAGCUCCUCUGGAGCUCCACGGGGCUCUGAGCGGUGGGAACACGUGGAGCUCCAGAGAAGAACCGCUCCUCCUUAUACUAACCCUCCUCUUCCUCCUCUCCUCUUCUCCUCUUCCUCCUCUCCUCUUCCUCCUCUCGUCUUCCUCCUCCUCAGAUCGUGAUAUGGGCGCUCGUCAUCGUGCUCGCGCUCACUCCAUCCAGAUCAUGAAGGUCCAAAUCAUUGCUGCCAACAAAUGUCGCAGACCGGCAAUCAAGCAGUUCCACGACUCUAAGAUAAAGUUCCCUCUGCCGCAUCGCGUCCUGCGUCGCCAGCACAAACCUCGCUUCACCACCAAGAGGCCCAACACCUUCUUCUAAGCGUUUUACUGAGAGGAGAAUAAAAGAACCGUGGAAACAAA